UUUUUUGAAAAAAAAAAAAAAAAAAAAAAAAAAAAAAAAAUUUUUUUAAAAUUAGAUAAAGAUGUAUCAUUAAUUGAAUUAUAUCCUGGUGAAACAGUUCAUUAUAUUGAUAUUAUAAGUCGUGAUGUUUAUCUUCCAUUAUUAUGUUGUAAUUUAAUUGUAUCUGAUGUUGAAAAAGAUCGAUUUUUGGAUUUAUUUCAUCGUUUACUUAAUCAAACAGCAGCAACACAUACAAUUCAAGCUGAAUCAGUUGUACUUCCAUUACCUGCAUUUAAUAUUCUU